UAAUAAUAAUUAAUUGUGGUAUUGGUCAAUGAUCAUUUGUUUCUGUCUGCAGUUAUUCUUCAUUCUUCCCCAAAAUCAUUCUUUUCUUUGUUUCAGUGAUCAUGUUGAAAGGCUAUUCUAGUACCUCCUUCUUAACACCACCCUCCAUCGCCACCAACUUCAACACAAGAUACACACACUGUAAGCUUCAGCAAGCAGCUGCAAAACUUGAUGUUCGCCUCGAGUUGAGCAGCGCAGCGGCAGCAAAAGAUAGGACAUCGAUUGAGGAUGUACGGAGUCUGAGAUUUAUCACCGCAGUCAAGACUCCAUACUUACCUAAUGGAAAAUUUGAUCUUGAAGCAUAUGAUAACUUGGUGAGUAUGCAAAUUUCAAAUGGUGCCGAAGGCAUUCUUGUCGCUGGCUCAACCGGCGAAGGCCAAUUAAUGACAUGGGAUGAACAAAUAAUGCUUAUAGCACACACAGUCAACUGUUUUGGCGAUAAUGUUAAAGUUAUUGGCAAUGCAGGAAGCAAUUGCACGAGAGAAGCAAUCAAUGCGACCGAGCGAGGUUUCGCAGUUGGAAUGGAUGCAGCACUUCAUAUAAACCCUUACUAUGGAAAAACCUCAAUGGAAGGUUUGAUUGCUCAUUAUAAUAGUCUGCUUUCAAUAGGACCUAUAAUCAUAUACAAUGUACCUUCAAGGAGUACUCAAGAUAUUCCUCCAAGUGUAGUUGAAAACUUGGCUCAAAACUCUAAUUUAGUUGGUGUGAAAGAGUGUGUUGGAAAUGAGAGAGUGAAAAUGUAUACAAGUAAAGGAAUUGUUGUUUGGGGAGUUGAUAGAUUAAGCCAUGAAGCUAGAUGGGAUUGUGGAGCUGUUGGUGUUCAAUCUGUUGCAAGCAACUUGGUUCCUUGUUUAAUAAGGGAACUCAUGUUUGGUGGUAAGAAUCCUUUGUUGAAUUCAAAGCUCAUGCCUUUGUUUGAUUGGCUUUCUUUGGAGCCAAGUCCAAUUGCUUUGAACACUGCUCUUGCUCAACUUGGUGUUAUCAAGCCUGUUUUUAGGUUACCAUAUGUGCCUCUAAGUAUGGAACAAAGGGUGGAGUUUGUGAAUUUGGUGAAGGAAAUUGGUAGAGAACACUUUGUUGGAGAUAAAGAUGUUCGAGUUCUUGAGGACGAUGAAUUUAUUAUUGUCGGUCGGUAUUAAUUUAGAUUGCCUUCUUUAAGCCUUAUUUUGAGUUACUUAGUGUGUAUUGACAUUUAUACCUAAUGCGCUGACACAGACAUAAACAUUAGGUAGACUUUUAAUAUGAAGUUUCAGUCUUACUUAGUUUUUAUAUCAUUCCUAAGGAGUUACUUAGUAAAACAUGAUUUGAUUUCUUUGCAAGAGUUGAUUGAGUCGCUUUUUAUAGAUGGAAUAAGUUAUGUUAGAUUAUACAUUUUGUGUGAAAA